CCCACACCACACACACACCAUGGCGCCUCGAUCCCCCAAAGGCCCCGCCGCGCGAAACCUCUCCUUCGAGGCCGGGCCCGUGCCCAAGUUCCUGCAGUCGCUGCACCGCCAGGUCACCGGCGCGCGCUCCGGCGGCGGCGGCAAGACCGAGUUCGACGAGCUGCUCGGCACCUCCUCGGCGCGCGGCGACGGCGGCGCAAGCGGCGACGACGAUGAGUUUGAAGGCGCGCAGGUCGUCGUGCUGAAGGAGGGCAAGCAUCUCUCGCGCGAAGAGGCGCUCGCCAAGCCUGCCGAGGCCAGUGCGAGCGGCAGCGGCAGCGCCGACGCCGAGGCGAGCGGCAGCAGCGCGCCCGCUGCCAGCUCCUCGGCGGCACGCAUCGCAUCGGCCGGCAGUGCGCCAUCGAAGAAGCGCCGCGCUGCCAUCGACGAUGACGGCGAUGCUGGCGCAGCAGCGGGAGAGGACGGCAUGGACGCGGCACGCGCCGUCAUUGCGGCGAGCAAGGGCGGCAAGGAGAAGAAGGAGAAGAAGGACAAGGCGGAGAAGAAGGACAAGAAGCGCAAGAAGUCGGCCAUCGCCAUUCCGGCAAUGGCGAUGGACGGCGACGUGGAGGAUUUUGAGCGCGCCGGCGCCGCAAAACAGGCCGGCGAGCAGCACGAGGGCGAGUCGGACGCGGCGUCUGGCUCGCAGAAGGCGGCGGGCGAGGGGGACGCAGCGGCAGAGGAGGAGGAGGUAGAGGCCAUCUCGCACAAGGAGAUGCGGAAACGGAGAAAGCUGGAAAAGGCAGCUGCGCGCUCCGGCGUCGCCGUCACCAGCGAGUCGACGAGCGCCGCUGUAGGCGCGGCUCCUGGCGUCACUGUGACCGCGCCACUGCCCGGCUGGGCACCUCGGCACGCCGCAGCGAAUGCGGCUGCUGCGCCGCGCACCGGCCACAGCCUGUGGAUCGGCAACUUGAGCUUCCGCACGACCACGGACCGGCUCAAGGAGUGGCUCGCGGAGAAGGGCCUCGAGGGAGUGAGCAGGGUGAACAUGCCUGCGGGCGCGAAGAGAGGAGAGCACAACAAGGGCUACGCGUACGUCGACGUUCCCAACGCUGCGGGCGUCACAGCCGGCGUCGCGCUCUCUGAGUCGCAUCUCGACGGUCGUCGUCUGCUCAUCAAGGCCGGCUCCGACUAUGAAGGUCGUCCAGCGCUCGACGCCACUGCUCUGGCGCUCGCGCAGACUGCCUCGGCCACUCCCGUCGAUGGCGCAGUGCCAAAGCAAGGCCGCACGGGUCUGACGAAGACGGCGCAGAAGAUUCUGCGCGCACAGAAGAACCCGCCGGCACCGACGCUGUUCGUGGGCAAUCUGUCGUUCUCGACGACCGAGGCGGGCCUGAGAGAGCUCAUUGAGCGCUCGGCGCGCACGCGCGAGGAAUGGGCUAGCAAGCGCCGCCCGAAAGAGGAGCGCAAGAAUGAGGAGCCGGGCAAGGCUGCUCCAGCGGCGGCAGCGGCGGAAGGCAGUGCCAGCCCGCAGCCUGAAGCCGCGGCCGGCGAUGCAGCCGACGAGGGCAAGCCGCAGGAGAAGAAGCGCAAGCGAGAGGAGAAGGAGAAGCGGGCCGAGGGAGAGAUCAGAGGUGCAGGCGUGCGCAAGAUCCGCAUGGGAGAGUUUGAGGAUAGCGGGAAGUGCAAGGGCUUCGCAUUCAUCGACUUCCACAGCCCUGCGCACGCCACAGCCAGUCUCAUCGACCCGCACAACUACAUGCUCGACGGGCGCGAGAUCAAGCUGCAGUACGCCGGUGCUGAUGCCGUGCGACGCGGUGCGCCCAAGGGUGCCAACGCCGGCGAGGGUGUUAAGCCGUGGGAGCGACCCGGCUACGUUGCGCGGCCACGGCCAGCACGCACGCCGUACGCCGCUGAUGGCGAUGAGGAGGCGCCGGCGCCGCGUCUGCCGCCGCCGAAGCCCUUCGACCCCGACGCGCCGCUGGAGAAGAAGCACAAGGAGACGCAGGAGGAGCGCAAGGCUCGUCGUGCGCUCGAGGCGGCCAGAGGAGGCGGCGACAAGCGCCGUGCCAAGCCUGGUGCGGCGCUCGCGAAUGCGCAGCGUGGACAGACGGGCAUCGCGGAGGGCGCGCCGCAGGGCAAGAAGGUUGUCUUCGACUAGGCAGAGCAAUGCAGAGAUGUGGCAAACAGGAG